GUUCGAAACAACACAAACAAAAAUUCUCCCUGAAAUAACCAACUACAAAAUCAUCUUCAUUUCAUUUCAUAAAACUCAAAUGAACUUUACACAAUUAUAAUCAAUGUCGAUUCGCAUAACAAAAUUCAGUCGCAUCCUUAAAACGAUCCGAACAACACCGUAUCCGGGUCGGGUUUCGGGUCAUGGGCACCGCAAUUACUCAUCCGCAGUAGCGUCCCUUGAAACGGAGCCGGAUUCUUACGAAAGUUACAGGAAAUCGAUGAAUGGUGGAAUCACGCAUAAAGCUCUGUUGGUUGAUGCUGUUGGUACUCUCGUUGUUCCCUCUCAGCCUAUGGCUCAGAUUUAUAGGAAGAUUGGGGAGAAAUAUGGAGUGAGUUUUAGUGAAGAUGAGAUAUUGAGGAGGUACAGGAGAGCUUAUGAGCAGCCGUGGGGAAGAUCUCGGAUCAGAUACGUAGAUGAUGGAAGGCCUUUCUGGCAACAUAUAGUUAGUUCAUCAACGGGCUGUUCUGAUUCUCAAUAUUUUGAGGAGCUUUAUAACUAUUAUACCACAGAAAAGGCAUGGCAUCUCUGUGAUCCAAAUGCUGAGAAAGUGUUCAAGGCUCUGAAAAAGGCAGGUGUAAAGCUGGCAAUCGUCUCAAAUUUUGACACGCGAUUGAGACCUCUGCUGCGCGCUCUCAACUGUGAUCACUGGUUCGAUGCUUUGGCCGUUUCAGCGGAAGUUGCAGCAGAGAAACCGAAUCCUAUGAUAUUCCUAAAAGCAUGCGAGUUGUUAGGAGUAGAAGCCGAGGAUGCAGUCCACGUAGGCGAUGACCGGAGGAACGAUAUAUGGGGCGCCCGUGAUGCUGGCUGUGACGCUUGGUUAUGGGGCAGUGAUGUGCAUUCCUUCAAGGAGAUUGCAGAAAGGAUUGGAGUUGAGGUAUGAAGGAAGCCGAACCGCCUGACUUGAUGAAAUAACGUUUCCCUUGUAAAUUAGGUUUUCGCGUACUGAAAUACAGUAGUGUGGUAUUGUAUCGUCUUAUGUUUAUGGUUAUGGUAUAAUAUGUUAUACCAUGAUUAUAAAUAUAAACAAUAGAUACGAUACGACUGCUUUAUUCAAUACUUUUUAUAUGUUGUUAUGUUUGUUCAUCACUUGUAUAUAUUACCUACUUUUUGUAUGCAACUAUUUACGACACUUAAAAUAAUAUAUAUGUCGUGGGAAAUGAUAA